GAGAGAGAGAGAGAGAGCGGCAUCAAUGACAGGGAGACCAUAACCAAAUAUUCACCGCGCAGCCUUGUUCAUGCUUUUGACCUCUGCAGGCUCCAGCCGAGCGCGUCUGAUCCGAGCUGAGGAUGCGGGAGCAGGUCCUGGGCCCCUGGUUUCCCCGCUGCGUCUUCCUCAUCCUCACCGUGCACCGAGCGGCGUCCGCGGACAGAGACCUGCGGCCGUGCGAUGAGACAGACUACUACUAUAAAUACACAGAGUGUGACAGCACAGGGUCACGAUGGAGAGUGGCCAUCCCCCAGAGUCAGGGCUCCUGCUCAGACCUUCCACCUCCGACCAGAGGAACAGACUGCUCGUUCUCCUGUGCGGCGGGGGAGUUUUUAGAGAUGUCCACCCAGCAGUGCACGCCAUGCGCCGCUGGCUCCUAUUCGCUGGGGAGCGGCGUCCGUUUCGACCAAUGGGACGCCAUUCCUGCGGGCUUCACCAGCCUGGCCAGCUACAUGGACCCCGGGCCGUCGGGAGAGGACAGCCAGGCCUGUAACAGCUCAUCGUGGACGCCGCAGGGUGUGUAUCUGGAGUCGAGCCGAGAUGAGUGCACGGUGUCUCUGGUCUAUGCUGUUCGUCUGGAAAAACAGGGCUCCGUCUCCUUCACCUACCAGUACCCCGACAACAACAUCUUCUUUGAGUUUUAUGUCCAGAAUGAGCAGUGCCAGGAAAUGGCCCAGACCGACGACCAGAAGUGGAUCAAAGUCACCAGCAACGGAGAAUGGGACACACACACGGUCAGUCUGAAGUCCGGCACUAACAUCUUGUACUGGAGAACCACCGGCAUCCUGGUGGGAGGGAAGAUGGUUAAGCCUGUGCUGCUCAAGAACAUCCAAAUAGAGGGCGUGGCCUACACGUCCGAGUGUUUCCCAUGCCGGCCCGGCUGGUUCAGCCCGGCCCCCAGCUCGUCGUCCUGCCAGCCCUGUCCCAGUAACACCUCCUCCAAGAAGGGAGCAUCGUCCUGCAGCCCCUGCCCCGACAACCAGUACUCCCAUGAAGGAUGGGCCGAAUGCAAGGAGAGACCGCCGUGUUCACAGAAGGAUUAUUUCCAGAUCCACACAGCCUGCGACAGCGAAGGGAAGACCCAGGUUUUGUACCGGUGGGUGGAACCAAAGAUCUGCGUGGAGAACGUCACCGGGGCCGUGGAGCUGCCCCCCACGGGUCAGAGGGAGCCCUGCCCCCCCUGCAACCCCGGCUACUACAACACCAACGACUCCACCUGCUUCCCCUGCCCGCCCGGGACCCACUCCGACGGCACCUCCGCGUGCUCAGAGUGCCCAGCAGGGACCGAGCCGGUGCUGGGUUAUGAGUACAAAUGGUGGAACGUCCUGCCGUCCAACAUGAAGACCUCCUGUUUCAACGUGGGCAAUUCCAAAUGUGAUGACAUGAAUGGAUGGGAGGUGGCAGGGGACCAUAUCCGCAGCGGAGCGGGCGGUUCGGAUAACGACUAUCUCAUCCUCAACUUGCACGUUCCCGGCUUCAAGGUGCCAACCUCACUUUCAGGGAUGACCGGCAGCGAGUUUGGUCGGAUCACCUUUGUCUUCGAGACCAUCUGCUCUGCCGACUGUGAGCUCUACUUCAUGAUGGAUGUGAACCGGAAAAGCACCACAGUGGUGGAGUCGUGGGAGGGCACCAAGGAGAGACAGUCUUACACACACAUCAUGACCAGGAACGCCUCGGUGUCGUACACAUGGGCCUUCCAGAGGACUAACCAAGCUCUGGACGUGCGGCGUUACGUCAGCGACAUGGUGAAGCUGUACUCCAUCAGCGUGACCAACGUCCUGGAUGGGGUGGCGUCAGCAUGCCGGGCCUGCGCCCUGGUAUCCCAGAGUUCCCGGCAGGCCGGUUCCUCAUGCGUCCCCUGCCCCGCCGGCUUUUACAUCGACAGAGACACCAACCAGUGCCAGGAGUGCCCACCCAACACACAUCUGGCAGGGCGCCACACCUACGGACAGGACGCAUGUGUGCCCUGUGGGCCGGGCAGCAGGAGCAACAAGGAGCACUCUCGGUGCUACAGCGACUGCUCCUUCUCCCACACGGCGAACAACCGGACGCUGACCUUUGACCUGAGCGCUCUGAGCAGCGUGGCCUCGCUGACCAUCGGGCCGAGUUUCACCUCCAAGGGCACCAAGUACCUUCACCUCUUCAACAUCAGCCUGUGUGGCCAUGCUGACAAGAGAGCAGCCAUUUGUACAGAUAACGUCACCGAUCUGUCCAACAAGGACAGCCAGAGCGACUCUGCUCAGUUUGUCAACUCGGUGGACAGCUUCAUCUGUCAAUCAACCAUCAUCCCGGCAGACGGGCGGGGCUUCAGGACGGCCCUGGCGUCUCAGUCCAUCAGCCUCGCAGACACUUUCCUCGGAGCUACAGUAGACACUGUCCUGGACGGAGUGAACGCUAAACCAGAGCUCUUCCCUGAAAACUCCAACGAUGUUCCAGACAUCAACUACUUCUACAGGUCAAACCAGGCCACAGCCUCGUGUGAUCAAGGUCGGAGUUCAGUCAUCUCUGUCCGCUGUAACCCAGAGACAUCUGAACAGGGGGAGCUGUCUGUGCCCAGCUCCUGUCCUGCAGGAACCUGCGAUGGAUGCACGUUUCACUUCCUGUGGGAGAGCGCCAGCGCCUGCCCACGCUGCACCGAGGGUGACUACCACCAAAUAGAGGGCGCGUGCAAGGGAGGCAUCCAGGAAACCCUCUAUGUGUGGAACGAGCCGAGGCUGUGCACCAAAGGCGUGCCGUUGCCGUCCAGACGCUCGUCCCCCUGCGAGGCCAUCGCUUUGUGGCUGAAGGUCGGGCUCGGCGGCGGAGCCUUCAUGGCCGUGCUGCUCAUUUCCCUCACCUGCUAUUUCUGGAAGAAAAACAAGAGGCUGGAGUAUAAGUAUUCGCGUCUGGUGAUGUCCGCCAACAAGGAGUGUGAGCUUCCAGCUGCUGACAGCUGUGCCCUGGCAGAGGGGGAGGAGCCUGAGGACGACGUGGUCUACGCCCAGAAGCCCUCGCUGCUGGGCAAGCUCAGGGCAAUCGCCAACAAGCAGGAGGACGGAGAGAGCAGCGAGUCCGUGCAGCUGAAGUCCUCCCAGUCUGAGCGAUGGGUCUGGGGAUAAGAAGGAGAGAGCCGACAGAGCGAGGACAGAGUAAAGGAGAGGAGGAAUAGUCAGUGAUAUUGGCACUGUGCACCUCCUUAUGUGUCCUUUGACCCCACCCAUCCCCUUCCUCCUUGUUGCGAGGGGGCCCCGUUACGGCUCCAGCUUCCACCGGGGAAUGGCUGCCACCGUGAUGCUGGCAAACUAAAGGAAAAGAAAUGGACAAUGGCUUCUCUCCCCUUCCCCUAGAAUCCACAGGAAACACAGCCCCGCUUCAACGCCGUGGAUGCUCGAGGGCCGCAACCGAAAGAGAUACAUGCCGUUACCGUUUUUUGUAUAUUUUGUAUUUUUAUUUGGGAUUUUAUGUUCAGAGUCAUGUAUUUAUAUCAAUGUUGUCAUGAUGAACCUUUAUUAAAGUCUGACUUGGCUUUGGGA